CGCACUUGCCAAGCGAACAGCAAAGCAAGUUGGGCGAGAGCUAAGUUUGAGAGUAGAGAAACAGAGAGAGAGAUCGCGAUGAAUCUUGUAACAGGGGCCAUGGGAUCACUCCUCCCCAAGCUUGGCGAGCUCCUCAAGGAGGAGUACAAGCUGCAGAAGGGCGUGAAGAAAGACGUGGCUUCUCUCUCAAACGAGAUGAGGAGCAUGCAUGCUGCCCUCCACAAGGUGGCCGGAGUUCCGCUGGAGCAGCUCGAUGAGCAGGUCAGGCUCUGGGCGAGCGAUGUCAAGGACUUGUCCUACCACAUGGAGGAUGUGGUUGAUCGCUUCCUGGUGCGUGUGGAGGGCUUUGAAGUCGCCCCCGACUCUGAUGGCUUGAAGCUUCUCGUGAACAAGAUGGCCACCUUGUUCACCAAAGGCAAGACACGGCGCCGCAUCGCUGAUGCUAUCAAGGACAUCAAGGAGCAAAUGCAGGAUGUGACUGCCCGACGUGACAGGUAUAGAGUCGAUGGUCUCGUUGUGAACGUAGCCGCGACAAGAACUCUUGAUCCUCGUCUAUCAGCCCUUUACAACAAGGUCACCGACCUUGUUGGCAUCGAUGAGCCGAGGGAUGAGCUGAUUAAGAGGUUGACAGAUGAAAAAACUCCAACGGAUGUAGUCUCCAUUGCUGGAUUUGGUGGUUUGGGCAAGACAACUCUCGCGAAAACCGUCUACGACAGCCUCAAAUCACAAUUCCAUUGCGCAGCCUUCGUUUCUCUUUCUCAGAAUCCUGUUAUAACAAGGGUACUCAAGAAGAUGCUACAUCAGCUUGAUCAGCAAAAGUAUGCCCAUAUCAAUGAAGCAUCAUGGGAUGAAACACAGCUUAUCGAUGAAUUGAGAAUGUUCCUUAGCAACAAGAGGUACCUCAUUGUUAUUGACGACAUAUGGAAGAUGGAAUCAUGGCAAAUAAUCAAAUGUGCUUUGAAUGAGAAUAGGUUUGCAAGCAGAAUAAUCACAACAACUCGUGACUUUGAUAUUGCCACAAAAGUCGGUGGUUCUUUUAAGCUAGAUGCCCUUACCCUAGAGAGUUCUCAAGUAUUGUUCUAUGGAAGAAUAUUUGGUUCUAAGGGUAAUUGUCCUGAACAAUUGGCUAAAGUAUCUUUGAGGAUUUUGAAAAAAUGUGGCGGUGUACCAUUAGCUAUCAUUACCAUGGCUAGUCUAUUGGAUCAACCUAGUAAAAGGGUAAAUCCAAGGGAGUGGCAUGAGGUAUGUGAAUCUAUUGGUUCUGGACUUGUAAAUAGUCCGGACGUGGAGAACAUGAGGAAAAUAUUGGCCCUAAGUUAUUAUAACCUGCCUUGCCAUCUGAGGACAUGUCUAUUGUACCUAAGUAUAUAUCCUGAAGAUCAUGAUAUACAUAGAGAUGAUUUGAUAUGGAAAUGGAUCACCGAAGGUUUUAUCCAACAUAAAAUUAAGGACAGUAGCUUAUUUGAUGUUGGGCAUAGUUACUUCAGUGAGCUUGUGAACAAAGGUAUGAUCCAGCCAUGCAUAGAUUUUAAAGGCAAUGCCACACGUUGUCGUUUGCAUGAUAUGGUGCUUGAGCUCAUCUGUUCCUUGUCUAGUCAAGAAAACUUUGUUACUAUACUGGAUCGGGAUGAGGAUAUCAUGUCUUCUCAAAGGAAAAUUCGCAGGCUAUCCCUCCAAAGUAAGAGGGAAGAUCAUCAGACCUCAUCUCUUGCUUCCAUGGGUAUAUCACAAGUGAGGUCCAUAACUAUCUUUGAGCCUGCUAAGAAUCUAAUGCCAACUCUUUCUAGAUUUGACGUUUUGCGUGUAUUGGAUCUAAGUGGUUGUCACGUCGGGGAAAGUAACCAAAAUACACUUAGGGAUGUCGGGAAUUUGGUUCACCUCAGAUACCUGGGUCUAGCUGGUGCAGAUAUUUGUGAGCUCCCAACAGAGAUAGGAAGGCUUCGAUUCUUGCAGGUGCUGGAUGUAAGAAAUAAUCCUGAUCUGGAAGAACUUCCAUGGACUAUUUAUGGCUUAAGAAGAUUGAUAUGUCUACAUGUUGAUGGCUACCGCACAAGGCUCCCAGCUGGUGGGUUGGGUAACCUGACAUCCCUGGAGGUGCUGAGAAGGGUCCCUGCCUCCCUAACCAUCAUGAAAGAGUUGCGUAACCUCGAGAGCUUGAGGGAGCUCAAAAUUAAGUUUGAGCACAAUGUGAGCUCAGAGUUGGAGGAAGCUUUCGUGGACUGUCUAUCCAAGCUGCACAAGAUCCAAAGUGUAGUUAUUCGUGGGUGUUUUCCAUCCAUAGAUCUCCUGGGAGAAGGCUGGGUUCCCCCUCGACACCUUCGCACAUUUGACUUGUUCAUGCUUGGCAAGUUCUCAAAAAUUCCAGCCUGGAUAGAAAGAGAGCCUUCCAUUCUUUGGAACCUUUCUGAGCUGAUCAUUGGUCUAAAGGAAGUUCAGCCGGAGGACCUGAGGGUCCUCGGGAGCCUACCAGCCCUUCGUAUCCUUGCUCUGCAUAGCGCCCAGCAGGCACAAAGGCUGCUAGCAAUUGGUGCCGAUGCCGGUUUCCACUGCCUGGUAGCCUUCUCCUUGUACUGUGAGUCGCCUAGGCAGAUCAUGUUUCAGCAGGGAGCCUUGCCGGUGGCUGAAGCAGUUCUCUUCAAUUUCGGCGUGCAGAAGGCAAUUGAGGAUGGAAACGGUGGUUAUUUCUUCGGUCUGGGGAACCUUCCCUCUAUUAGGCGGCUGUAUGUUGGGAUUGAUCGUGAUGGCGCCACGGUUGCGGAGGUGAAGGAAGCGGUGACCAAGUUGCAGCGCGCAGUCGGCGCCCACCCUAAUCAUCCCAGCAUUGCUGCUGAUAUCAGGCCACCUAUCCAACCAGUCGAUGAGGAUGAGGUAAAAACAUCGAAUGAAGUUACGCCGUCCAAGGGCCAGGAUGAAGAGAAGACCUGGGAGCCAAAGAAAUUUCAGGAAAGAUUCCAGAACUUCCGUGCAAAAACUACUUCAGAUUCAAAUUCUGAAAUUUAAGUCCAAAUAUCUGUAAUAAUAUGGAAAAACAUGAAGUGGCGACGCAAAGUGAAAUUAGCACGGCUGUCAGUCAAAGGGCUACUUUCAGUUGCCACAGUUCUAGGCAUAUAUAUGCUCAUAUGCUAGCAUGCUACACAAUAUGGUUUGCAUUCUUCCAUUAUUGGACCACGUUUGGUCAGAGACAUUCGGCGACCGGAUGUGUUCGGCACCUCCAUAUAUAUUGGUUUAUCAACACAUGUCCUCUGGUAAUUGUAGUUGACUUUGGAAGUAGUUGAUGUUAUCUUAAUUCUGGGCGAUAGCGUCACACAUGAUGCUUGCUUUGCUUAAACGUCUAAAUAUUGUUGGAUGCCACCUUCAA